AUGACGGACACUUCAAGUUCUACUGAGCCUGGUAUGGAAGAAUUACAGAGGGAAACAAUUCGAUCUAUCGAAAAAUUUUCUCAAAUUAGUAAGAUUAGAGUCAAGGAUAAUAAUUUUAUUCAAAAGAAAAUUAAACAAAUUUCUAAACAAAGAGUGGAAUUUCGAAAAUUUGCUGAAGAUUCUAUCUAUACUUCAAAGUCUAAGAAUACAUAUAAAUCAGAAGCUACAUCAUUAAAAAAACAAGUUGAAAGAGUUGGAAAUUCUUUAGGUGAAAUAUUAGCCGGAAUUGGGGCUAUUGCCGUAGCUACGGCAGAUCAUUUCGCAGGGGAACAUCCGCAAUUGCAAAGGUUGCUCCUCAGAUCUGUAGGUUUGGACGUAUGGUAUUUCUUGGAGGUUCAUUGGGAACGUCAAACUGUCGAAAUUGAAGAUAUUAUUAAAAAGUUAGAAUAUGGCGAACAACUAAUGACAAAACUUAACGCUGAGGUUAUUUUGUCUAAGGCAAAAAAAUUACGCGAAAGUUCUAAUAAAUACAGUGUUACUGUACGACAAGCUCUGACUAGAGAUGUGAUACAAGGAGUAAGAAUUUUAUAA